GCUAAAUCGGUAAUCCUGUCCACAAGAAAGAAGAGUAACUUUCAGUUUUAGUAACUUAAUUUAAACCUGAACUUAUUCGAAGUUCGGUAGUAGUUAUUUUCAAGUAAACGAUAUUUCUUCCUUUUAAUGAUGAGUUGGUUUGAAAAAGCGGGAACAUCCUAGUUCGGCCAGCCUUAGCAAGUGCAGAAUUCUAAAGAAAAUCUUGUAAGAAGAAGUACCGCCAUUAGAAUGAAUACUGUAUCAGGUUUGCAACAUGUUGCAGCAGCAAACCCCACCAUCCAGCAGGAGGGUUUCCGGUCUCUUCCGGCGCAUGAGGUGCGCUCGGGCACAAUGAAGCAAUCCCGCCCUCUUCCCCGUUGGCUCUGGUACAUCAUCGCCAAAUCCCUCGGAAUCAAAACCCAUCCCAAAGACAAGCCCUGGUUCGCCACCAUCCUCUACGUCCUGACCCUCAUAUGCACGGUCGGUUACUUCAUCAACUACACCUGGUACACCGUGGCGGACAUCGUCUCCCAGAACACCACCUUCGAUUCUCUGAAUGGCACCGUCAACAUCAUCAUGGCCAUGGGCUUCUGUGCCGUCAGCGUCUACGCCAACAACCUUGCCUUCCGUCUCUUCACGAACCGUCUCUUUGUGCAGAGCGUGAGGCUCCACACCAAGAGCUUCCUCAAGCUAAACUCUGCCGUCGUCAUCGGCCUGCUGGGUAUGAUGUUCAUUGGUCUUUACAACUAUGAUAACUUCAAUCUGUUUCACGCUGAGACCUGUAUUGCUGUCUCUAUAUCACCGUGGAUAUGCUAUGUGCAAUAUAGCUGCCUUGUAGGAUUGACUGUUUUCUCAUUUGUGUGGAACAUGCUGGUAGCAGUGGUGUGCUUGUCUGUUUGUCGCACUCACACGAUAAGUGUUCGCCAUUUUCUCCUCGAGUUAGACGAGGAUGCCAUGAUCUGCCAUAUCAACAACUUUCAUCAUCAGAGAGGUCGACGACGUCGCCACACAACCAGCCUUGUGGAGGACCAGGUGGAUGGAGCCCACAAUGCAAGCCUAAACGACAGCACCCAUGCUGAAUAUCAAAAUCUAGCCUCUCCAACCUCUGAAGAAGUCAUCAAAGAUCUUGAAGAUGAGUGGGAUAUGAACGAGUAUGAGAGGAGAAAGCAGUCUGUCACUAGACUUCAUCGUACCAGCAUGGGUGUAGAUUCUGUCGACGGUGAUCUCUUCAACCAUGAUGUCUGGGCUAAUCUCCUUGCUUCUGGUAUGGAGGGUGCUGGACAGACCAAUACUGGAGAGCCAAGGAGUCAGCUUCCUUCGGAAUACAGCCAUGUGCCAGGAAUCAAGAUUCUAGAGAAUAAAGAAAUACUGGAAAAAUAUUGGAGAUUGCAGUGUCGUCUCCGGACCACAUCCCACUGCAUCCAGCGAUGGCUGCUGAGUUGGAUUGUUCUUCUCAUCUUCUGGAGUGUGGUGUACCUUCUCUACUGGAUCAGUCAUGAGGCAUCCAUCAUUGACAUGUUCCUCUUCCUGUUGCCCUUGGCCAUCUUACCCAUGCUGUGUGCUGGACCAACAGAGGUCAAUGGUGAAGGUCACAAGGUGCCAAAGAGCAUCUGCCCAACAGAAGACAGACUGAGAAUCAUUGCUUUCAUCAAACAAUCUCCUCUUUCUUUGACAGUGUUUGGAUUUGAGUUGAGCUACUCUUCCGUCUUCACCACCAUCGUAGCCAUAGCUCUUGCCUUUGCCACCAAGAUCAUCCUGCAGGAUGUGUCGGAUACCCCACAGAUCCCUGCCACCACCAUCGCACCGACUGUGCAGGUGGUGACACCUAGCCUUGGACUUUGAUGGGUGACACUUCUAAAGGUGUCCCACAGGGAUGUCUCUUGGGACCCCUUCAAGUUGUCACUGUGCCACCUGUAGAGCUUGAUGCUUUUGAUGGAGACAUCCUCUCUCACCAUUGUGCACUCUGACAUUGAUACACUAUGAUCCACUGGAAUGCCCAAGUUGGAGCUUUGAAGAACAUUCCUUGAUGCUCAUGCCUAGUGGUGUCCAAGACAGUCACGUUAACAUGCAGGAACAGCAAGCUUUGAGUAUUGACAAAAGCUACAAUGGUGUAUUUCUCGAUGAUGAUCACAACUAGGAGCAUCCUAGACAAUCACAUGGUUCUGAUGGAAUUUCACAGAGCAUACACUCAAUAUCAGUGUCUGAGACCCUAGAAUUUCUUGCCAUUAUUACCACACUUUCACUGACAACUGUAGAAGGAGACAUCCAGCAUAAGACUUUGUUCAUGAAAAUCAUCUCUUGGUGCAAUCUCCGACAACCAUCUUGCAAUUCGUUUUUCUGAGACCUUACCGCUCUACCACUUGCAGACCUGGGGAGUUUUUCAUGAAACAAAUCGGUGGUUCUCACAGAUAAAUACGCUGUUAGCCAAUCACAUGCAAGGAAAUCAUUGAUUAUAUGUUUCACGAAUGAUGCCCUGCGUAUGCAGUGAUCUGCCAAUCUCAGGGCUUUGGCAUUCUUUACCUUGAUGCAAGAAUGCUUCUAAAAUCCUGGUAAGGUACAUGCCAUCAAAUAAUACAUCAAUAUAAUAUAAGACUGCAUAAGUCAAAUAAGUCAAAACUCAAAGCAUUAUUUCAGACCUGAAUAUGCAAAACAUGUUAAUAACUCUUAAAGUACUUUUAACUGACAUACUUUUCCAAAGCUUUGAUCAACUUAGAUCAUGAACUGCAAUACUACUUAAAUCAUCCUUGUCCUCACUUAAAUCAUCCAAUAACACUUAAAUCAUCCUUAUCCUCACAGUAGUUCUUCUAAGGUUAUCUUGAAGCAUGUAUUGUACUAAACAACUCAUUGUUGUUCAUGGGAAUGUAUUUUGGUUCCUGUAGGGUCGGAUCCGUAAAUUGUUAUGGAUGAUGAUUUUUCACACCCAAUAGUCUAUUUAUCAAGGAUGUACUUGCUACUUUAUUGUCAUCUGGGUAUGGGUUUUAAUAAACCAUUAUUCUCUUCUAGGAAACAGACCAAAUCUUGCCUUAUUUCCACCUCAAAUUCAUAUUCGAAAGAACAGCCAUAUAUCAAUUGCAAUGAGGGAUUGCAUCUCAAAGGCCUGUAGUAUUAUUUUGAUUUUUUGUUUUUCGUGGUUUUUUAUAGCCUCACAGUGACAAGUAAUUGAAGAAUUGAUUGUGUAGUUUUGUGCCACUGGACAACAGUGAUCACAUUACACUGUAAUAAUAAUAAUAGCUGGAUUUAAAUAGCACUUUUUGCCUGAGGAUACAAAGCGCUUGCUAUUAUUACCCCGGCUUUAGCUCGAGCUACCAUCACCGGCGCUCAGGGCAUUCAAGGAAUUACUCCUGCCGGGUACCCAUUCACAUCACCUGGGUCGAGUGCAGCACAGUGUGGACUGAGUCUGUUUUAUUUGAAUUGUCACAAACUAUUUCUGAGUGUUUCAUUAGUUAAAAGACCUGCAAACGAUUGUUACUUGCCAUCCCUUGAAAUAAAUGAUCAAGAAUAUCAAAUAUAAACUGGGUUCCAAAAGAAAUUUAUCAAACUUUAUAAGGGCACUGCACAAAUUCCGCUUUGUCAAACUGAACAAUAUCUUUACACUUCAAUAAUCUUUUCUUGUGUGUAGUGCCAUUGUAAAGUCUGAUAGAUUUCUUUUGGAACCCAGUUUAUUUAAUGUUUUUAUGCACUAAGAUGGAUACAGAAUUUUUUUUCUCAUAACACUGCCCCCUAUGCUAAUGAUUCAUGGCAGUUUGAUGCAACCAUCAUAUUUGAAACAUUUAAAGGUGCAGGUAGACUCCUAACUAAAAAAUAGUUUGCUAUAAAAGUUUUAAAGGAAUAAAUCCUACCGGGUAACCAUCACCUUGCCUGGGUCAACAUCUGCGAUGCAUGUUUGUUCAAAUUGAUUUCUAGAUAUGAUGUAUUUUCAUACAUUCAUCACCAUGUUGACUUUUUAGUGUGCUCCUCUUUGUUUUUAAAUAUGCAAGUUUCGUGUUGGAAAAAUUAUGAUGAUAAUGAAUUGCCGUGUAGUUGAGGUUGAUCAGGUCAAUGGUAAUUCUUUGUAAGACGGGGCUCAAAUAUAAACUUAAGCUAUUGGGAAACAACAUGAUUUGCAUAGAACCCCAUAAAGGGACAGCAUUCUUGGCCACCCUAUUGGCAGCUGUAUGAAAGACCGCCAUGGUCCAUGGAUAACAGAGUCACAACCUGAAUUAGUUUGAUCACCUAUUCCAUCUUUGUAAGACGGGGCUCAAAUAUAAACUUAAGCUAUUGGGAAUCAACAUGAUUUGCAUAGAACCCCAUAAAGGGACAGCAUUCUUGGCCACCCUAUUGGCAGCUGUAUGAAAGACCGCCAUGGUCCAUGGAUAACAGAGUCACAACCUGAAUUAGGUUGAUCACCUAUUCCAAAGUUGAAAUAUGAUAUGUGAGCUGAUGUGUAAAACCAUAAUGAAAGAAUGAAUUAAUCUACUUAAUAAUGAGCCGUGCCAGGAUGAAAAUGCAAUUGUCUUUAAAUUCAUUGUUUUUAUUUAAGAAAUCUAUUUUCAUUUCCUCUACAGCAGUGCAUGCCAUAAUUGUUACCAUGAAUUUAGAAUUUAAACUAUUAUAAAUCAAGGUAAGGAUUUUUAAACUGAUUUUUUUUUCUAGUGACUUUACUAUAGGGCAAUUCCAUAAAAUAUGUAUGUCCGACCCCCUUUAUGUAGGACCUUCAUGAAAUUUUCUGUCUCUGAUUUCUUGUUCUUUUGACAGUCUGUAAUGUUCUCAAAAGACCAUGACUUGGUCAGUUGAUGAAGUGAAUUAAGACUUGAGAAAAAUGGGGGUCGGACGUACAAAAGGUUGAUCAUUAUAUAGCAUUGCCCUAUAAUUGAUUUAUUAUACUUGAUUUGUCUAAGUGUCUCAUGUUAUAUCAUUGCAAUAUAAUUUUUUUACCGAGCUGUGCCUUUGAAAUGAAUUUCAUUCUUGUUUGUUGAAUAUUCAAAUUUGUAUAUGAUACAUGUAGAUGAUGUAUGUUUGUGAUUUAUGAUCAAUCGAAUUCCUUGCUCAAUUCAGAGUUCUAUUCAUGAAAUGGUCAGUGAUGAUAUGGGUUUUGAGAAAGGGUAUAUAUUCAAAUAGUAUUACAUAUCAUUACUUUGUAAAUAAUGCAUAUUUCAUUGAGGUGAAGGUGUUUUAUCUAAGAUCUUUCUUUUUUAAGAAAAGGGUUAUUUUUUAAGUGUAACUAUAUGCAUGCCAUGAUAAUUGACUUAGUGAUUUCAUCAACUAAGUGUGCUUUGAUUAUUAUCAAUAUUCAAAUUUUAUUUUUCUAUUUUUUAUCUGUUCUAUGAAAUUUUAAGAAAAUAUCAUAUUUUAGUUACUGUAAGAUAUUUUAUAUUGCAAUUCUUUUGUAAAUUAUAGCAGAUUUUUCUAUCAUUUAAAAAAAUCUAUUGUAUGAACUUUAAAGAAGCUCAUUCAUUUUAUUUGAUGUAAGAUAUUUUGAUGUGGUUCUUUUGUAAAUGAUAGCAGAUUAUAUUAUUUAUUGUUUAUUCUUCCAUAGGUUUUCUUUGUGUACUGUAUUUGAAUUGUGCUUAACGAAAUCAGGAUGAUGCAAUGGUAAAAGAAAAAAAUUGUUGUAUCCGAUGUAUGAGACGAUAUAUUUCAGAAAAUAAAAAUAACUAUCAAAAUUAA